AUGCUGGUAAACCAGGACUGCCCAUCACAAGAAAUACAAGGGAAUGGGAUCCAGGGUCCUCUCACGCGAGACCGAGACGCGGAGAGUGUGGAAGAGGUCAGACCGGAGGGUGAAAAGGAGAAGGAAGCGGAGGAAGCGAACAAGGCGGAAACCGGAGGGGAAGGAGAAGGAGGAGAAGAAAAUGAAAGCGAGACCGAAAAUGAAGAACCCAUCUACCCGGGACCCUGGGCCCUUACCUUUCUACUCAUCGGAUUGUGUUUGAGCAUCUUCCUUAUUUCUCUCGAUCGUACCAUUAUCACCACUGCAAUACCCUUCAUUACCAGGGACUUCAACUCCCCGGAGGACAUAGGGUGGUACGGCUCCGCCUAUCUACUCACCGCAUCCGCAUUCCAACCCCUCUAUGGUCGCAUCUUCAUGCUCUUCAACAUAAAAUGGUCAUAUCUGGUCUCUCUGGGCACGUUCCUUGCUGGAUCUCUACUUUGUGGAAUAGCCCCAAACUCCAUAACUCUCAUCAUUGGACGCUCAAUAGCUGGACUAGGGAGCGCAGGAAUCCUAACAGGGAGUUUUGUAGUAAUAUCCCAUGCGAUGCCCUUGAAGAAACGGCCAGUGUGGACCGCUGUCGUUGGGAUGAUGUUCGGCCUGGGCGCAACGGUCGGGCCACUCCUCGGGGGCGUUUUCACGGAUCUAGUAACCUGGCGCUGGUGUUUCUACUUUAAUCUCCCUAUCGGUGGUGCAACCCUUGCCUCCAUGGUGUUCUUCUUUCGUCCACCAAAAAAGCACGCACUCAUGGGCAAAUCUUUCUUCUACCGAAUCACUGAGCUCGAUUUGAUUGGCAACGCCAUCCUUCUUGGCGCAUCCAUAAUGCUCUUUCUCGCGCUGCAGUUCACCGAGCAGCAGGUUGCCUGGGAUUCUGCUGAGAUCAUCGGUCUCUUAGUUGGCGCAGGAAUCACUUUCAUUAUUUUUUGUGUUUGGCAGUGGUGGAAAGCAGAUGGGGCACUCAUACCCCCAAGGAUUAUCAAGCAGAGAAGCGUGGCUGCUUCUUGUAUGACCGGGUUCUUUAUUUAUGCUUGCAUCCUGAUCCAGACCUAUUUUCUGCCCUACUGGUUUCAGGCGGUAAAGGCUUAUUCCGCGGUGCAGUCUGGCAUAGCCAUGAUUCCGUAUGUAGCUGCCAGUGCCGUAUGCUCGUUGUUGGCCGGGGUCUUCGUGAGCAAGAAUGGGUAUUUCACCGCGCCCGCCAUUCUAGGAUGUGCCAUAGGGACGGUGGGUUGCGGAUUUAUCUCUACCAUCACCCCUUCAACUCCAUCUGCAAGGUGGAUAGGAUACGAGAUCCUCACCUCAGCUGGAAUAGGAUUCGCGAUCCAGCAAGGAUUCUCUGCUAUCCAAAUUGUGCUCCCGCUUGACGAAGUAGCAAUCGGCACCGCAGCCGUUGUAGCUUUCCAAUCCCUCGGCGGAGCCGUUUUCGUCUCUGUUGGCAACACAAUCCUACAGAAUAGCCUCCUAUCAGCAUCUCGACAUAAUCAGCUCCCUGGAGUCGAUAUUCAAGCUGUAAUCAAGGCCGGGGCAACGGAGUUCCGAAAGAAGGUACCUCCGGAGGCAAUCCCCGCUUUGGUUGCGAUUUACGUCAAGGCACUACAGAAGGUGUUCCUUGCUGCGAUACCGAUGGCAGGGUUGGCAUUCGUCAGUUGUUUAUUUCUGGAAUGGAAGUCUGUGAAUGAGAAGAGAGCGGAGGAUGAGGAGGCACAAAGGGGGAAGGCGAGGGAUCGGAAGGCAGUCCACAUGUAA